AUGAAAGUCACCUUCCGACUGACUCUUUGGGCCCUUUUUGCUUUCCCUUCUGCACAGGACCUGAAGCAACAGAAGUUCGUCCUCGACGUGGAGCCCACCGACCUGAUCUUGGCUGUCAAGGAAAAAAUCUCCGGCGACAAGGGAUGGGACCCUAAGCACCAGAAGCUCAUUUAUUCCGGCAAAAUUCUCAAGGACGAUGAGACCGUCGCUUCCUAUAACAUUGAGGAGAAGGGCUUUGUUGUCUGCAUGGUGAACAAGCCCAAGGAGAGGCCGGCCCCGGCUGCUGAGUCUUCCGCCGCCGCCGCUACUGCUGCCGCAGCCGACGCUCCUCCAGCCACGCCCGCACAGCCCGUCACCGGCACUCCUGCUGUUCCAGCUGCUCCCGCCCAGACUUCUAUCACCCAGUCCGCCGCCCCGGCCACGCCGACUCCGCAACGUUCUGGUGAAACCGGGGGGGAGACGGGCUCGGGCCUGGCCAUGGGUGCCGAGCGAGUCGAGGCCAUAGCAACCAUGGAGGCCAUGGGAUUUGAGAGGAGUCAGAUCGAGGCAGCCAUGCGCGCCGCCUUCAACAACCCUGACCGCGCGGUUGAAUAUAUCUUGAACGGCAUUCCCGAGAACAUCCAACAAGAACAACAUGCUCGCCAGGCUCCCGCAACUGGAUCAACACCGACUGCCCCUGCCACCCAAGGGGGCGGGGAUGACGACGGCGGUGUCAACCUUUUCGAUCUUGCUGCCCAGGCUGGCGGUGGCCGCGGAGCAAGUGGUGGUGCGAACCCUGCCGCCGCCGCUGCUGCGGCUGCAACCCAGGUUGGUGCAGAUUUGGGCAACUUGGAUUUUCUCAGACACAACCCUCAGUUCCAGCAGCUCCGCCAGGUCGUUCAACAGCAACCUCAGAUGCUCGAGCCUAUUCUGCAGCAGCUUGGCGCCGGCAACCCCCAACUUGCACAGCUGAUUGCCUCCAACCCCGACCAGUUCCUCCAGCUUUUGGGCGAAAACGCCGACGACGACGUUCCCUUGCCCCCCGGCGCCCAGGCUAUUUCGGUUACAGAAGAAGAGCGUGACGCUAUUGAGCGGCUAUGUCGUCUUGGCUUUGACCGUGACCAGGCCAUCCAAGCCUACUUUGCAUGUGACAAAAACGAAGAACUCGCCGCCAACUUCCUAUUCGACCAGCCUGAUGACGACGAACCGCCCACCAACUAA